GACAGUACUUUGCAAUGGUCAACUUCCGUUUAGAGACGUAUCAUCACAGACAUGGCGGCUAGCUCACGGCGGAAUCCCCCUCCUCUCCCUGGAGCAGAGAACCAAGACCCACUUUCCGAAAUGGCAGAUGAAGACAGUGACGAAGGGGAGGAUAUAUUCGUUGGCAAUAGCAACCCUGUUGCAGAGGCCUUUCAGCCUGACACAGCCAAUGGUGAAGAACCAGCUGACCUCUUCAGUGAAGAAGGAACUAGCACCGCUGUCAACAGUUCCAUCACAACCUCUAAGUCCAACUAUGUCCAUUCAGACAAUGAGAAUGAUCUAUUUGCAGAGGUCUCGGUGGAGCUGUCCAUGGAGAACCCCAGCACCACAGCCAAGUCCUCUGGAGCUGAAUUCACCCCGUCACUUACACUAUCAGCAACACAACCUGAGUCUAUGGAGCAGGUAGGCUACAACAGGAUAUCAGCAACACAACCCAGGUCUAUGGAGCAGUUGGAAGAGGAAAAGGAUGAGGACAGCUUUGACUUGGAGGUUGCUGUCACCAAUCCAGAGAAAAUUGGAGAUGGCAUGAACGCUUACAUGGCCUACAAGGUGUCCACUCGGACUACAUUACCCAUGUUCAGGAACAGGACAUUCUCAGUGUGGAGGAGGUUCAGUGAUUUCCUUGGGCUGUAUGAGAAGCUGUCAGUGAAGCACUCCCUGAAUGGCUGUAUCAUCCCUCCACCACCAGAGAAGAGCGUUGUGGGGAUGACCAAAGUGAAGGUGGGAAAGGAUGACUCUUCCUCGGCUGACUUUGUGGAGAGGAGGAGAGCGGCUCUGGAGAGGUACCUGCAGAGAGUAGUGUGUCACCCGUCCCUGUUACAAGACCCUGAUGUCAGAGAGUUCCUGGAAAGAGACGAGCUGCCUAGGGCGGUGGGUACACACACACUGAGUGGAGCUGGCUUCCUGAAGAUGAUCAACAGAGCAUCAGAUGCUGUCAGUAAGAUGACCAUCAAGAUCAGCGACUCGGAUGCUUGGUUUGACAACAAACUGCAGGAGGUGGAGAGCGAGGAGCUGCAGCUGAGGAAACUCCAUGCGGUUGUGGACUCCCUGGUCAACCACAGAAAGGAGCUCUGCGGGAACACAGCAGUGUUCGCCAAGAGCAUGGCCAUGCUGGGCAACUCGGAGGACAACACAGCUCUGUCCCGGGCCCUCUCCCAACUGGCCGAGGUGGAGGACAAGAUGGAGACGCUACACCAGGAGCAGGCGGCCAGCGACUUCUUCAUCUUGGCCGAGCUGCUGGCCGACUACAUCCGCCUACUAGGGGCCGUCAGGGGCUGUUUUGAGCAGCGCAUGAAAACGUGGCAGCGCUGGCAGGAGGCUCAGAGCACCCUGCAGAAGAAGAGGGAGGUUGAGGCAAAGCUUCUGUGGGCCAACAAGCCUGACAAACUACAACAGGCCAAAGAGGAGAUCACUGAGUGGGAGGGUAAAGUCACUCAGUACGAGAGGGAUUUUGACAGGAUCUCUGUAACCGUUCGCAAGGAAUUCCUCAGGUUUGAGAAAGAGAAGUCCAAGGACUUCAAAAGCCAGAUAGUGAAAUAUCUGGAGUCUCUUCUACAGUCUCAACAGCGGCACGUAAAGUUCUGGGAAGCAUUCCUGCCUGAAGCAAAAGCGAUAGCAUGAUGAGGCUUGAGGACGUUAGGAAGAGAACGACUGCCUUUUUGAACACUUUACCUCCUGACUAUGUACCCAGAAGACAAUGCAACAGAGGGGACAACUACUCUACUCUACAUCCAUAUUAUUUUAGCAUUAGUGAUUUAUUUUCCAGCUUUUCAGUAUGCUCUACAUCGGCACAAUGUAUCGAUUCAACAGAGAUGAAUUUGACAGUAUAGCUUUUCUAAGUAAACAUGUCAGUGGUGUAAGUGGGAUAUUUUUUACUCCGUGUUCUUGGGCCAUCCUUACUCAGAUAGGAAGAGUUUGACUUAACAAUCCUAAAGUGUUGACAUUUUGAGGUACUUAGUAGUGUUUGUUUACAGUGGAGGGCAGUUCAUAACUGUUUACAAAAGCUCAUGAAAUAACUUUUGGAUCCACAAACGCAUAGGGCAAUGUAGUAAAUUGUGUGUGUCGUGUGAAAUACCACUUUGACUAGAGAGCUCAUUCAAACUGAUAGACGGACUAAUACCAACGGUCCUCAAUUUGUGCAUUUACAGACCUACAGUGAAGGGACAAAAUAAUGGAAGCAUGGAGUGUAUGUUUAUGGUGACCCAUCAGAUGAGUGUGCCUGCCUGUGUCUUUGUGCGUGUUCACCAUUGUUUGAUCAUCAGUUGAUAUACAUCUGUAACCUCAAAUAAUUAUGACCAACAACAGUCUUUCUGAACUGACCAUCAGUAUAUUUUUUACAUCUGUGUUCAAACAUGUAGCCUCAUUGAAUUCAAUGUGAUUGUGAAAUGUGUCAUGUUCAGUGUUGGAAAAAGUACUCAAUCGUCCUACUUGAGUAAAAGUACUAAGUAAAGGUCAAUGCUAUACAUAAAAUUCCUUAUAUUAAGCAAACCAGACGGCAUGAUUUUCUUGUUUUUUAUUUAUUUACAGACAGACUGUGGUACAUAAUUCUAUUCUGCCUCAGCAUUCAAAAUGUAAUAAGUUAUUUUGGGUGUUGGGGUAAAUGUAUGGGAGUAGUACAUAUCUAGGAAUGUGGUGGAGUAAAAGUAGUCAAAUAUAAAUAGUAAUGUAAUGUACACAUACCCAAGUAUUUUUUUCUUCAGUACUUUAAACCACUGGUCAAGUUUCCUCACAAUUUUGAUAAACUAACAACAGUGCUUGACUUGGACUGAAAUAGGUGUCAGUACUCAUUUUGUGUGCUGGUACUGUUAAGGUGCAGGAAGUCCAUAAUACUUUUGAACUAAAUAUUCUAUAAGGUGCAGGAACUCGAGCAGCAGAAAAUUAGGUGCCGCUAUUCAUUUCCGGUUGGGGUUAUACCCAAAUCCAGCACUGACUAGCAGUGUGUAAUGAUGAUGAAAGCAAAGUGAUAAAAAGUGUUGACUCCUUUAGUUUUCUUACCCAACAUUUAUAUGAGUGUGUUCUUUUUCCUCGAGAUGUGCUUUAUUUUUGUAACCACUCGCAUUUAGAUAAGAUAUUCCUGAAAAUUCUAUAGAAGUGAGUAAUAAAGAUGAUUGACUGAA